AUGUCUCCUAAUGAGUUUGUUAUUGCAGUACGGCUCUGGUUGGGAAUCAAGAUGUUUCCUUCUCCUCUGGCAUCUGUCUUGUGCAGUUGUGAUCAGCACAUUGACACUUUUGGAGAUCACCUUCUUGGUUGUGGUUUUGGUCCAGAGCGCACACCAUUAAAAGACCACAGUUUUAUUGAUAGCUGUUGCAUUACGUUAUUAUAUGUAUAUGAGAAGGAGAUGUUGCUAAUUCUAGAGAUCUUGGACGAGAUAGACUGGAGAGUCUUCAAGCUGAAAGGUGUCCAUAGACCAAUUGAAGUUUCUGCUGCUUCAGCUAUUGCACCAGCAUUGAUAGCAGCACUAGUUAUGAAGAAGUUCAGGAGCCAGGUAGCAGAUCUCAAAGCAUUAGUCUCUAGCAGUGCUACUGAACAAGUAAGACAAGCUGAAGAUCUGCAACAGUCUAUUCAAGCAGCACUGAUGAGAUGGUCUCAGACUUUGCCACACACUCUUCUCAACCAGCUGAGAGAGCAGUUGGUAGCUGCUACUGUAUCAGCCAGUGUCAGUCAACAAAAGUUUUAUGAAGUUGCUACAGAUAAGGGGAGAAAGCUGAAAUUGGAAGCUGACUUAUACAAGAGCAGAAUCGAUGAGAUGCUGAUGAAUUUAGAAGAGACAAUUGUUAAUCCAACUAUGAUUAUGAUUCAGCAAAACUUGGACAAAUGCCAAGAACAAAUGGCAACAAUUUUGACAGCUGCUGUCAAAAAGAGAACGAAGAAAUCGCCAUCUAUCCCACGUGAUUUAUCAGCAAAGCGAUGAACAACAAGGCACAGAUACUAGUGGAAGGCAACCAAAAGAAAACAGCAUAAAGUCUAUACUGUCUUCCUGGUUGGAAUGCAGAAACUUAAUUCGCAGUAGAUUUUGGCUCGAUUCUCAAGUCUCAGUAAUUUAAGACUGCAGAAAUAACCAGCUAGAUAAUUAUACGGUACUAAAGUACGUGGUGAACGUCAAUACAAAAUUUG